AUGAAUGUGUUUAGUGCAAUCCAGACAUCGACCAGCAAUCUGAUUUCCAAAGGUUCUUCUUCCACAACGAGCGAUUGGGUGGCCCCAAAACUACUGUAUUUUUGCAUCUUUGAUCCGACGUUGGCAGAUCCCAAGAAAGAGGACGAUCAGCAGUUGAUCAACCAAAUACUGGUCUAUCUCAACUUUGAGGACCGUGAAGUCACAAACUCGGAAAAGGCCAAACGAAUUGGAUUUAUAGAAGGGCUCGGAGACUUUUCAGGAAGAUUCUCUGCCUGUGACUCGGGAUAUCUCAAUUAUAUCGAUACAGACAAGUCCAGAGUCAUAGUGGGCACCUUUGCAGAGAAAUACAAGUUCUUUUGCGGGUUCAGAUUUGCACAGCUAGCGGAAAACUACGUUCGGCGAGGACUUGCUUCGCCAGAAUACAUGAUAAAUGAGUUCCAGUCCGGUUACAACUUAUACUACAUAAACCACGGUGCUAUUAGCUACGAGACGAAAGAACAGCUGGAAAAAUGGUGGGAAGUUUGGCUAAAUCACAAGUUUGAGUUUGAGUCGGGCUACAAUCUCGAAGAUAGAGGACUGUUAAACUUGUAUCCCGGUUAUCGAUGCUCUUCUGUUGUUCUUCCUAUUGGAUUCCAAGAGAACUUGAAAAACGCAAUGGAACGUUUUGUGGAUCAAAAAGAUGGUCUGGUGGAUCUUGUUGUGCUCAAUACCAACUGGACUCCUUGCAAGAACUUCGGAGUUGUUUAUCUAAACAAGGAAUCGAAAGUACCGUCGCAAUGGCUCACUAAUCUGGUCAACUACAUCGAGAAGCUUGAUCUGUCCAUCGGAUUAUCCACAUAUUCUUUGAAAUCAGACAACCUGCCAUCAUUGAAAGCGUACCAUGCGGCGGUUCAGGCCGCAAUGCCCCAAAACAAUGGAACGUUGCUUGACCGUUCGAUCUUGCAACCUGCGAUAUAUCUCCACGAGCAGCUAACAACGCACGUUUUCAAUCCAUUCACAUCGGCACUGAGCACUGUUUCCACUGUUCCGCAACUUCUACCGUCAUUCAGUAUGUUUGGUUUGGGAUCAACCUCCAACGAAGAAACUGAGGUAGCCGAAGAAACUGUCUCUGAUAUCUCAGAACAGGUGCAGGAGUCUCUGACAACCCAAAAGACAGGAAAGUAUCUCCUUGGAAACACCAGCGAAGGAAUCGUUACAAAAAAUAUCCAUUUGGGUGACCAUUCUUUGGAACUUGUGGUCUACGAGAUUAACGGGAUUUUAUUUGCAUUAUUCUAUGACAACCUGGAUCAUGACGAACAUGUAUUCAACGCACUUCAGAACGACCUCGACAACUUGUAUGCAUUAUAUUUUAACGACUUGGUGAUCAAUCAGCUCAAGUCUAUCGAAAAAGAGAUCAAAACGGAAACAAGCUUCUUCUAUCUGAUCCACGAUCCAGUCAACAACGUAUUGAAAACGUCGAUCCCUAAUAUUGCCGACUCUGAGGAGGUAAGAGAGCUUAAAACCUACCAUGUCCCGUCAGCCGGGCUAAGCAGGUCUCAAAUGAUCAAUCUGACAAUGAACCUAAUGACAUAUCUUUUAGAAAAAACCAGUCCUUUGGAGCUCAAACCGCUGGAAAGGAUAAUCAAGAUCAAUUCAAACUGGUGGUGCUUGCAAAAACUGGUGAAUGGCAAGACGGUGGUGGCACUGAAGAAGUUUGCUUCCGGGGAAUUGAAACUCGACGCGGGCGACCUCGUUUCCUCGUUUGGACCCGAGUUUCGCAAAUGGUACCAUGAUUCUAUAAAAAGUGGUUUCAUCUAG